CCGUUCUGGAGCGUUCGUGCGCCACCAAAAGCGUAUAUAUCGAGGCACACACACAAAAGGACAACGCAAUUCCUUUCCAUUCUCUUUGUAGGCCUUCUUUUUUUCUUCCUGACUUGUUUCUUUUUCCUUUUGUUACUCGCAAUAGCUUUCUCGCCUAACUCUUUUUUCACCUCUGCAGAAAGCAACGACUCCUCUAUUGUAUACCAGGCUUUUCGCCACUGCACUUCUUCCCCCCCAUUUCCACCUCGCCUCAUUGUCGACAUUGUCAUUACCAAGAGAGAUUCAGAUAAAGCAAAAGAUAUCCCAGAGUCAGUAUGAAUAUUCGCGUAACGAUAUUGGUGUUGAUUCGCUUGCUGCUAUUUAUUGUCAGUGCGGCGACACUUGCUUGUCAUAUUGCACAAGUUGUCUUGCUAGGAACCAGUGAUUGGUGGCCAGGUUAUAAAGUUUACGUUCUGUACUAUGUCGGAGCAGGUUUCUCCUUGAUAUGUUCAGUCGCGCUACUCGUUGUAAGCUGCAUGUCGAACAUCAGAUCUAUUCGCGGUGACCGAAUCGUCAGCGUCGUAUGCAUAGCACUUUUGAUCGCCGUCAUUGUCUACAAUACUAUUGAAGCCGGUGUGGUACCAUGGCUACCGUCCGAUAUUGCCAGCGACGCCCAACAGAAUUUCCCAUCAACAAAGGGCUUUGCCACUUAUUGCUCGGAUUAUUCCAUCGCCAACAACUCGGACUUAACGAGCAAAACGACCAACAGAUGCUGGCUGCAGAAUGGAUCGUGGCUGGGGAUCAUCAUCGCGGCAGCGUUAUGGAUCGUUCUCGCGUUGUACACGUACCUGCAGAAAAAGUCGACAGUAUACAAUGAGCAUGACGCACAUGAUUAUAUUGAAGAUGCGCCCAUGGCCAUUGAUCAUGGCAGCACUCCUUCGCCUGCCGCCUAUGCGGUGGCAGACCUGCAUCAGCAGCAACCGCAAUAUUCAAAUAUCGCACCCGCUGCUGGUGGUAGUUCAGGAGUCCAGUACGAUAACUCGGCGCCGUAUCCAAAUUACUAUAAUUAUUACGACACCAAUGCCGUACAACAACCGUAUGCAGUACCUCCACAGCGUCAAAUGUCAUAUUCUACAGAUUACAGCGGAUCUGGAGUACCAUUGUAUAAUACCGGCGGAGGAAGCAAUCCAGGUUACACAUUCCCAUACGGUGAGAAAGUGGCUGUGGCAUCCACGCCUUCGGAACGAUCCGCGUCUGAGCCACCCCAUUCGCAUGAUGGCGCGCGGGUCUAAUAAGCACCCAAAGAUCAGUGUUUCGCCAUUCAUCCAUCUACCGAUUACUAUCACUCUCCUGUCUGUGUAGUAUUCUUCGCUUUCAUCUAUCCUUAAUAAUAACAUUGAGCAGUCUUUUAUAAAUACAUAUCGUGCUUGCGCCACUUCCACAUUAUUUGACGCGUACAAUGUAUUCUGUUCUAUGUAUAGUAGCUAUAAUUUCACUAUAUAUGUAUUCACCAAAUAUUGUGUAUCAAAUAAGAAUAGAAGGAUUGUGGGCAAAAACAGCCUUCCAUGGGUUAUUCUCUCCCUG